CUCUAAACUAAACUCGACUUUGCCUGCCGUCUCUCAAACCCUAAAAAGCUUCUCUUCUCUUCUCUUCUCUUCUCUUCUCUUCGAUCUCAAUUCCUCUCUCUCUCAGAAGAAUCCGAAUUCUAAAUUCCCCAGAAUGUCGAAGAAGCUUAACCCUUUGGAAGAUCCACCAACGGCAUCUUCAAGCGACGAAGAAGAAGUCGAGACUUCAGCUGGAGAAGAGGAAGAAGAAGAUGAUUCUUCAUCUGAAGAAGAAGACGAGCCUCUUGCCUCCGUCAUCAAACCACCUUCCGCCGCCGCUGUAACAAUCGCCGUUCCAGGCAAAACCACCGUCCCCUCCGCCGCAAAGGAAGCCUCCGAUUCAGAUGCUGGAUCCGAAACCGAGACCGAUUCCGAUUCCGAAACAGAACAGCCUUCGAAUCCUCAAGGAUCUGGAAAAUCCGCCGCCGUAACCGUCGCCGCAUCCGCCGCCACGAAGCCGAAGAAGAAGGAGGAGGCUCAGCCGUCUGUGAUUUUAGCUUCACCGGCGGCGAAAGCCGGAGCAAAGCGGCCUAGUGAAGGGAAUUCAAAGGAGGCGAAUUCGAAGCGAGCUAAGAAGGUUACUUCAGGAGACGACGAGAAGAAGAUUGGGGAAGAUUCAAAGAAACCUGCUUUUCAGAGACUAUGGACUGAAGAAGACGAAAUCACUGUGCUUCAAGGUAUGAUCGAUUUCAAAGCUGAUACAGGGAAGUCUCCUUAUGAAGACACGAAUCUGUAUUACGAUUUCAUCAAGAAAUCUAUUAGCUUUGAUGUUAGCAAGAAUCAGUUUAUGGAUAAGAUUAGGAGUUUGAAGAAGAAGUAUAUGAGUAAAGGAAAGACUGCUUUUACUAAGCCUCAUGAUCAGAAAUCUUUCAAGCUGUGUCAAAAUAUUUGGGGACCUGAAGGAAUGGCUCUUGAAUCAGCAGUUAAGUCUAAUGGUGUGUCGAAAAAGAGCCAGAAGACGAAGAAGCUAGACUCUGUGAAGCAAGAGCUUUCGUUUGCUUCUUCUCCGAAUGGUAAAGCUGUUGAGGAAGAUAAGAGAGUGUUGGCUUAUGGAGGUGAUUUGGAGUUACCAGUUGCUGUGAAGAAGCCUGAUUGGUUUGAAAACUCUUUCCUUGCUCGGUCCAUAGCUAGUUUUGGUGUUGAUGAGUAUUCUGUGAAACAGAGAUGGAGUUUGGUGCCGGUUGAGAACAAGAAGAAGGUUGAAGAGAAGUUGAAGAUGUUGCAGGCCAAGGAGAUUGAAUUUGUGUUGGAGAAGACACAGUUUUUGCAUGAGGUGACCUCUAUGAUCGCUGAAGCAUCUAAGAACAAGACAUUAGAUAUAUAGAUUUGCUCUGGUUUACAAAAAAUGCAAUGCCAAUGAUGCCUGUCUUUUUUUUUUUUUUGAACUUAGGAUUUACCCUUUUUUACUUCCCUUUUUAUGGAUCUAUCUUAUGUAAUUUUUCUGGUUUUUUUUUUUGGUGGUUUUCUCUCGUAUGAAACUCUCUCUAUUUCGGAUU